AUGCCUAGAGGUUUUGAUUUCUGGUUCGAAGUUGAUCUUAAUGAGCCAGCUGACCAAGAUUUUGCUCCUGGAAGCAAUGACAAUGAAGCUGGAUCAUCUUAUGCUCCUCCAGUUUGGGAAAGCACUUAUGAUCAAGGUUUUGUUCCUGGGAGUAAUAGCAAUGCUGCAGAAACAUCUCAUGGUGCUCCUAAUUGGGAAAAUGCUGAUGCAACUGGGCCAUUUGGUCCAUAUUCGGCUGGUCAUACUGGUGAUGCACAAGUCGACCCGAAGGACACUUCGGACAUAGGCACUAACGCCGGAAAAGGUUUCCAGACAUGUGUGACUUUACCAAGUGAGGACAGUGGUGAGGAAGGUGAAGUUCAGUCAACAACAGAAGGGUUUUCCCCCAAGACACCAUUUCUUGGCAUGAAAUUUGACACCUGGGAAGCUGCUCUGUCACAUUACAAUAGUUAUGCCCAUCAUGUUGGCUUCUCUAUUGCAAGGCAAAAAAUGAGGAUUCAAAGAUCUGGUGCCAGAUGGGAAGUUACUCAGUUUGUCGAGGAGCAUACGAAUGAAUUUGUUGAGAAAUUUGCUCUGAAAAAAUUCCUGAGGUCGCACAACAAAAUUCCAAAAGAAGAGAAGAAGUUCAUUGAUUUGCUAAGUGAUGUAAAUCUCGGUUCAGGUAGGAUUAUGGAAAUAAUGGCGGAAAUAUAUGGAAGCAAGCAGAAUGUGCCUUACAGUACUAAAACCAUUAGCAAUUACAGAGCCCAACAUAGUGAAGAGCGCAAAAUCAAAGACAUCCCUGAGUUGUUGAAAUACUUUGAGAAGCUAAAAGAGGAUGAUCCUAGGUUUUAUUAUGACUACAAGCUAGACGAUGGCAAUAGGGUUGAGAACAUCUUUUGGGUUGAUGGUGCAGCCAGAGAUGUGUACAAGUUGUACAAUGAUUGCAUAUCGUUUGACAAAACCUUCAUGACUAAUCAGUAUAACAUGCCUUCCGCACCAUUCAUUGGAAUCAAUAGAUAUGGUCAGUCCAUACAGCUUGGUUGUGGUUUCCUGAGGAAUGAGAGGGUUUCGAAUUUUGAGUGGCUAUUCCGGACAUUCUUAGUAGCAAUGGAUGGUUUGCACCCUCUGAACAUCAUUACUGACCAGGAUGUAGCUAUGAGGACUGCAAUUGAAAUGGUAUUCCCUGACACCAUUCACCGGAACUGCAGAUGGCAUAUCAUGCAGAAGGUUCAGGAAAAAAUUGGUGAACGGAUCGUAGCGGACAAGAGAGGGGGGAGGUGA